UAUCCCAGUGUGGCCAAACAAUKCCUGAAUUAUCAGCAAGCACCGCAAACACCUUAGYAUGUAAACUUGCAAAAGUAAGAUUAAUUAUUUUGGAUGAAAUAUCUAUGCUGGGGAGUAGAACUCUGAACCAAAUUAAUAGGAGAUUGCAGCAAGUAUUUCACACAGAUGCGCCAUUUGCGGGUAUAUCUAUUAUAAGCGUCGGAGAUUUCAAUCAGUUACCUCCGGUAGGGGACAAUUGGGUAUUUCAGCCAAACAGUAGUCGAAAUCCAUUGGCACCCCUYGCUGGCGCUCCGUUGUGGGAACCAUUCCGUCUCUUUAUGAUGACUAAAAUAAUGCGGCAAAGAGAUGAUCUGGCAUUCGCAGUAGCCUUAAACAAUAUGGCUGUCGGUCGGAUGACUCCUAUGGAUAUAGAGUUAAUAAAUUCUAGAUGUUACAGUAUUAAUACUUUACCUAUUGAGGUACAUGGAGCGAUACAUUUAUUUGCAACCAACAAUGAAGUCGACAAAUACAAUAAUCAAGUAUUAUCUCGAAUGAACACUGAAGGGUGCUCGGUUAAAGCACUUGAUGUGGUUUCUGGAGCACCAAAUCCACAAGCUGCUAAAAAAGCCUUGCAAUCUGUAAAGGCUCUAGCUACAAUGCAAACGUAUGGUCUUCCUAASAACUUGUUUUUACGAGUAGGUGCACGUUAUAUGGUAACUGUGAAUAUGGACACUACGGAUGGCCUUGUGAAUGGCACUACCGGAAUAUUAAAGGCUAUAGAUUAUGGUCGACACAAGAAAACAAGUGAAAAGCGGCCUUUACGUAUUUGGGUUCUGUUCGAUAAAAGUACAGGAAUAGCUACAAGAAGUAAAUGUCAAGUAACUUCUUGGAAACAUCGUCAAUAUCUCAAUUCGUAUUGGACGCCAUUAGAUGCUGUCACUUAUACUGUGAAACGGUGGAAAUCUUCAAAUCUUGUAGUGCAAC